AUGAGCUGCAGCAUCAAGAGAACGUCCAGCACCUCGUACCGGAGCGGAGGAGGAGGCGGCGGUGCCUGCGGGGGCAGCGGCGGCCGCAGCUCCUCCGUGUCCUGCCGGCGCUACGCCUCCUCCGUCAUCGGCGGGGGCAGCUACGGCGGCGGCCUCAGCAUGGGCAGCAUGGGCGGCAUGGGCAGCAUGGGCAGCAUGGGCAGCAUGGGCAGCAUGGCCGGGGGCUUUGGCGGGGGCUUUGCGGGCAGCUGCGGCCCCGGCGGGGACAUGCUGCUCAGCGGCAAUGAGAAGGUCACCAUGCAGAACCUCAACGACCGCCUGGCCUCUUACCUGGACAAGGUGCGGAUGCUGGAGGAAGAGAACGCUCAGCUUGAGCACCACAUCCGGGAGUGGUACAGGAAACAAGCGCCCAGCGUUUCCAAGGACUACAGCUCCUACUACCAGACCAUCGAACAACUCCAGAAUCAGAUUAUUUCGGCCACUGUGGACAACAACAGGAUGAUUCUGGACAUUGAUAACAGCAAGAUGACUGCUGAUGACUUCAGAAUGAAGUAUGAGAAUGAGCUGGUCAUCCGUCAGACCGUGGAGGCUGACAUCAAUGGCCUGAGGAACAUCCUGGAUGGUCUCACCAGCACUCGGUCCUCACUGGAAUCUGAGCUGGAGUCCCUGAGGGAUGAGCUGACUGCUCUCAAGAGAAACCAUGAGGAGGAAAUGAGGCAGCUCCAGUCCCAAACUGGUGGCGAUGUCAGCGUGGAGGUCAAUGCUGCCCCUGGACAAGACUUGACAAAGAUCCUGAAUGACCUGAGAGAUGAAUAUGAGCAGAUCAUUGCAAGGAACCGCAAGGAAGUGGAGCAGUGGUAUGAGGUCAAGAUCCAAGAAGUCAACCAGCAGGUCACUUCCAGCAGCCAGGACAUCCAGACCAGCAGCCACCAGCUGAGCGAGCUGAGGCGCGAGAUGCAGAACCUGGAGAUCGAACUGCAGGCACAGCUCAGCACGAAAAGCUCUCUGGAAAACUCCCUGGCAGAAACCGAGUCUCGCUACGGCCGCAUGCUCCAACAAAUCCAGGCGCAGGUCUGCUCCGUGGAGGAGGAGCUGGGCAGCAUCCGCUGUGAGAUGGAGGGGCAGAGCCAGGAGUACAAGAUGCUGCUGGGCAUCAAGAUGCGCCUGGAGCAGGAGAUCCAGCAGUACCGGUCGCUGCUGCAGGAGGGGCAGCAGGAUCUUGUAUCAUGUCAAGGAGCUCUCCAAGGAGGAGGAUCCUCUCACUCUUACUCUUCUAGUUCUCACUGUCAUGGUCAAUCUAGUGAUAAGGCAGGUCAGUCAAGAGUGUGUUAAGAUACUUCCGACGUGUUGGACUUCCCUGAUCCAGUCAGUGCCGUGGGAGCAGCCAGCCCUCAGCGUGGUGUGACCUACCCUGCUCUCCAAAUGCUAUCCAUGAAAUCAAAAUUAAUAAUUGCUAGACUUUUCCUAAAACUAUUUACCCCUCCCUUUUGAUCCUGGCCAGCACUGUGAUCCCUGUGCUCACACACAGGUCUCUGCAGUGCACUUGGUUCUCUACUGAACAACAAUCCCUCAAAUAAAGCUUUAUCUUUCUGCAAUGCAAAGAAAA